AUGCGCCGAACACAAACUGUUGAGACCCUGGGUUUUCCCGUUCUGACGGGCGGCGCGGAGCUGGGUGCGAGGCUCUGGCGGUACCGAGCGCUGCCGCCGUGCCCGUCACGUUCCGGGCCCCGGAGCGGAUCGCUCCCGCUCGGCCCGGGGACCGAGGGGCACCAAGGCUGGAACAGGCGGGGACCGAGCGGGGAUCGAGGGGGGGAACGAGACGGGACCGAAGGAGGGAGCGAGGCCCGGCCGGCUCCGCCGCCCCCGGGCCGGCCCCGCCCCGCCUGUCGGGUGCCGCGGUUGCCCGCUGCUUCCUUCUCAGUUCCCGAAGGAGGAGUUUCUCAAUGUGAAGAAGGUGGCCAGCACUGGGGCGAGUUUUCUGCCCAGAAUUGGCCCAUUUCAACACGCUGCCAGAUGUACAGGGGACUCCCCCUGGGCAGAGGCAAUGGAUGUGCUUUAUCUGGAUCAGUGCCUACACAGAGAGGUGUGUUUAAAGCUGCCUUUCUUGCAGGACUGGCUCAGUAUAAAGCACUGUCCAAACAGUUGUUGCCAGUUCCCCCGAUAGAGAGCUUGCUCCAAGUUUCCCCACCAGAGAUGGUAUUUCAGAAAUUCAUCGCUCAUGAGGUCUCGGAAAUGGUACUGUCUCUCACAAACAAGGACAAGUCUCCUCGGCUGGUGAAGGUCUACAUGGAGAGAUCACCUUAUUUUGAGCUCGUGUGCCCCAGUGAUGUACGCCACAUCAUCCUACCAGGCACUUCUUCCCAUGUGCGCAUUCGCUUCACCCCCGACGAGACCGAGAAUUACUCCCAUGAGCUCGUCUGCCUCACUGCAAGGGACAGGAUAAUUGUGCCUAUUCAGGCCAUUGCUGCCCAAGCUAUCCUCCUGGACUUCCCUGACCAGCUGGACUUCUCACGGUGCCCAGUCAAGUACAGCAGCCAGAAGACUCUGCUGGUUCGCAAUGUUGGUAACGUGGAAGCUCAUUACCAGCUGAGCACCCAGAGUCCUUUCUGCGUGGUUCCAGACAGGGGAACUCUGGCCGCUGGUGACACCAUGCAGGUGACAGUGGGAUUUCACCCGCUGACGGUCGGUGACCAUUCCGGGUCCCUGGUAGUGUGCUGCAACACAGGUGAGUGUAUCCGCACAAACCUUCACGGAGAAGCUGUAGAUGUCAACGUUCGGUUGAGCACCAAUUCCGUGAAGGUUGAGAACACUUUCAUCACCACAUCAAACUACACAACCGUGUUCAUCAAAAACAGGAGUAACAUCACAGCCCACUUCCAGUGGAAGACUUUUCCUACUGAGGAAGAUGAGAAUAAACUGAAGAGAAGGCAGUGCUAUUUUCUGCAGCCACUGAAAGAUGUGUCGCUGGAAAAAUUCAUUGAGGAGGAAAAUAUAGAGCAGGAGAAGGGCUAUUGUGAAGAUAACACUGCCCUUGUGAGCCACACAGUCCAGGAGGAGAUGGCAAAGGUGAAAGAAGACCCCAUGCUGUUUUCCGAUGACAUUUUUUCCAUUGAGCCCGUGGAGGGAGAAAUUGGGCCGAACUGUUGCGCCAAAAUCAAGGUGACCUUUAAACCUCUAGAAGCACUGGAGUAUCGAAGUGUGGCUUACUGCAACAUCUCAGGCCGAGAGAGCAGGCUGCCCCUGCGCCUCAUCGGGGAAGGCCAAGGACCCUUCGUUGAACUCCGCUCUCAUACACUGAACCUUGGGAACAUUUUUGUCAACACCCCCUACGUCUAUGAGGUGAAACUGAUUAACCAAGCACCUAUUGAUGCUCCCUUCACCUAUAUCUGUACAACUGCAAACGUGGGCUACUGCUUCAAGUUUGCACCUGAGGAGGGCAUCAUUGCACCAGGUGGGAUCCAGACCAUCCAGAUCUCCUUCAAUGCCACCGUACUGGGGAGGUUUGAGGAAGAAUUCCAGUUCAGUGUGGCUGGAUCUCCUACGCCUGCAAUCCUGACAAUCAAGGGAAAUGUCUGUGAACUGACUGUAUACUUCAACGUCGAUGAGCUCAACUUCGGUGACGUUUCCUUUGGCUUUCCCUACACCAUGACCUGUCGCCUCACUAAUGCCUUCCCAGUGUCCCAGAGGUUUAAGCUCCGCAUGUCUGACGAUGGCACUCAGCCUGCUGUGACCCUGUGUUCCAACACCGUGAUGGAUUUCUGCCGGAGAAUGCUGGUGGACCUGGAGGGUAUUGGCAAUGGAGUGGCAUCAGUGACCAUCAUGGCCAGAUGUCUCGUUCCUGAGCUGCGAGUGUACCCUCACGUCCUGCUGUACGACGAGUGCCGCCUCAAGGUGCCCUACGAGAGGAAGUUCCUCGUUGUGAAUAACACCGACCUUCCUGGCUGCUACGGGCUUAUUCCCCAGAAACGCAAGGAGGACACUCCUGUGUUCUACUCCAGCCCCAAACCCUGUGGGAUUGUCCAGCCUCACAGCAUUGCAGAGAUUCCAGUUACAAUCGAAGUCCAAACAUUGGGCAAGCAUCGCACCAGUGUUCUUAUCAGCGUGUUUGGGGAUGAGAGAAACCCACGGAGACAAGAAUUACAGAGCACUGGACAGCUGGCAGACAUCUACCCGAGUCCAAGGCUGAUAGAAUUUGGCAUGAUCCCAGCACUACAGCCUAAUUCACAAACUUUUACCCUCUUCAACAAACGUCUUGUCCCUACAGACUUCAGGGCAGAGAUAGCCUGCAAAGCCCACUGCUAUGUCAUCGAACCCAAAGAAGGAGUGAUCCCUGCUACGGGUGAGGUUCCUGUGACCAUCACAGCAACCUUGGAUGACACUGGGAUUUUUGCUGACACUAUUCAGCUUUUCACUGGCAACAGCCUUUGGACCACCUUCAUGGUGCUGGCUGUGGGCACCGGCACCACAAUUGUCAUGGACAAACCAUUCGUCCCAGAGCUCAGCUUGGGACACCAGUUCAGGCUCGUUCCCUGUAUUUGUCAGUUCAAAGUAACAAACAGGGGCCACCAUUUCCAUCGGCUCUUCUGGAGUGUGGAAUGUCACAGCCCCCCUAAGAAGAAGGGCCAGAGCAUCCCAGCCCUCAGUAGCCCCCUGGCCGAAGAUGAUUGCCAGAGCCCCAAAGGCACCAGCCCCGUGUUUGGGCUGGAGCCACUGUCGAUGGAGCUGCAGCCGGGCGAGUCUGUGGACAUGGUGCUGCGAGGCUUCUCCCCCAUCGAGCAGCUACAAAAACCCAGGGCUGAUCCCAAAGUAGGGGCGGAUGGAAAUGUUGCUCUUUUGAGGACAGAGAAGAUAAUAGAAACAACCAUUACCUGCAAGUUUAUUGAUCCCUCCAUAGAAAUAUCAGCCAGACAAUUCUCUUUCUGGGUGGAGAAGAAACCCAGUGAUGAUGUCCUGACUCUGCAGUACAAGCCUUUGGCUUUAAAGAACACCUGCUUGCUGCCACUCGACCUUAUGCUGGACUUGGAGCAGCCGUUUCUGCUCUGCGAUGCGGACCAGCAGCCCCUCCCGGAUGGCCAGCCUGUGACAGUGGAUGUAGGACAGACCUGUCAUCUCUACAUUGCAUUUGACCCAUCUUAUAAACUGGAUUUUCAUAGCUGGAAGGAAGAGAAGGUUCUGAAGAUAAACAUGGUCAAUGGCCAUCCUUAUGUGGAGUGCAUCACCCUUCGAGGAGAAGUCCACUUCCCCAAUCUCCAAAUCCAGCCCAGCACCCUGGAGUUUGGCUGCAUCCUGGCUGGCACUGCAGAAGGGCGUUCUCUGGAGAUAACCAACUGCAGCCCACUGCCUGUCCAGUAUCACUGGUCAUUCCAUUCAGACGGCCAGGUGAACAGGCUGAGGUCCCUGUUCAUAGUUACAUUAUUUUCCAGGCAUGAGCAUUACCCACCUAAGUUCAAACCCCAACCACCAAAGGAGAAGAGAACCUGCUUGGAUUACUCGGCACCUCAAAGGAGACGCUUCAAGAUUAGAAAUGGGGAGGACUCAGGCACAGCCCUCAGAGAAUCGUGGGAUCCUGCCCAGUCUUCAGGAGCAGAGGUUUUCAGUGUCCUGCCGCAGUCGGGUGUGCUGCAGCCAGGAGAGAGACAGAAGGUUUCCUUCAAGUUCUUUGGCCACUUCAACACCAUCGCCAGUGUCACGGCGCUGUGCCACGUGGAGGGAGGCCCCACCUACGAGGUGGAGCUGACUGGGGAGGCCUCAUGCAUCAGCUACGCCCUGAGCCUCCAGGAGAUCAACUGCGGCUUUCAGAUAUUUAAUGAAAUUUGUCACAGCACAGUCACCCUGGCGAACACUGGCAACACUGAAUUCAACUGGGUGCUAAAUCCUAGCACUGCAGAGCAACAUCUGCCUGGCGUGUUUCUGGUCAUCCCCCCCACUGGUUCCGUUGCACCUGGUGAGAAGCAAGUGCUGAAAUUCUCUUACAUGCCAGGAGUACCAGGAGCCUUCAGCAGGACUUUCCAGCUUAAAGUGGGUGUCCUGGACCCGGAAAAUAUCUGCCUGAAAGGAGAAGCAUUCUUUCCUGUGAUCAGUGUGAACCUGCCCUGGAACAUCAAAGGAAAUGAAAAAUAUGAGAAGCUCAUAAAACCCCUGCAACAAUACAGUCAGAGGAAUCAAUCAGUUGUUCAGAAGACUCAGAGUCCGAAGACUAAGACCUUCAAGUUUCAGACUCCAAAGACUCAGACCCUGAAGACUCAGAACCUGAAGCCCCACGCACCUGGCUUUGGCACUGUACCAAACACUGAGCUGCAGAUAGAGACGGUGAUGAUGCUGAUAGAGGAGGCUGCUCUGGAGCUGCAGGAAAAGCUCCCAUCCCAUCCCCCAUACAGCAGGUUCCCUGACAAAAAGCUGCGCCAGAGUCUUGUCAAAGUUGAGCUGCCCGAAUAUGUGCUGGACAUGGGCACUGUACGUAAGGGUUACACUAAGAGACGCACCCUGGUGAUCACCAACCCUGGGCAGAUCCCAGUGUCCUUCCAGGUCGAUGUAUCUGCCCUGCAGGACACAGGUUUCAGAGUGAAUCUGGACCAGAUGCAGGGUCUGCCUCACAGACACACCAUAAUGUUUGAGGUGUGCUUUGAAAGCACCCACCGGCAACGGGGUGACGUGGAUGUGCUGCUGCCCAUAGAGGUGGCAAAAGGCCCCACGUAUAACAUCCACCUCCAUGCCACUGUGUUGGAAGGGUGGCUCAACCUCUCCAAGAACACACUGCAGUUCUCUGAUACCCUCGUUGGGCAGUGCCAGAUUGAGACAGUCCAGCUCUACAACUGGUUCCAUGUACCCUGCAAGUGGUUCAUUACUGCCAUCAAGCCUGUCAGGAAGGACAAUCAACGCAAACGCAUUACACCAGCCAUGUGUCAGAAGCAGCAGGUGCUGGAGGAUGAGCCCUGUCCCUUUGAAGUGACGCCCUCCAAAGGAACCCUCAAUCCAGGAAGGUGGCAGAACUUACAAAUCCAGUUUACACCCAAGCAGGAGAGGUCUUACAAGAAUGAGCUGAAGCUUAACGUUUGUGGAAGCAGCAAUCACUUAAAGCUGCACCUCUCAGGACAGGGUCUAGAGCCACGGUUGGAGUUUAGCCCCCCAGCACUCAAGAUGGGAUGGGUGCUGGUGGACAGCGAUGGGGUGGACGCCACAGUGGUGGUGAAGAACCCAUGCAGCUUCCCUGUUGAGUUUUACUCACUGGAUUUUGAUGAGCAGUACUUUGAGGAAGAGAAGAUCCUGUGGAUGGCAGCGGGGUCUGAGUACCAAAAGAACUUUCUAAUGCCUCCAUGCACCGUGGGUGGGAUGCUGCCCCCAGAGGCACUGGAGGACUGUGAAGCACAGAAGAGGCUGAAGGCUCAACAGGCAGAGCUCAAGGCCAUGGCAGAGGCUGAGGCUGAGGCCGAGGCCAUAGACAAGGCAGCACCAGCAUAUCAUGGGGCUGUCACACCCUCUCCUGAGCCCAUGGUGGAAGUGACUGGGAGCCCUAUCUCUCAGGCUGUCAUGCGCCACCUGGGCAUCGACCCAUCUUCAGAGAGGCAUGAAGCACAGCAGGACAGAGGGAUUGUUGUUAUUGUCCAUGGGCCACCCCGGUCAGGUUCUUCCAAGGCCUGUCCCUGUAAUUCCUCGUAUGCAAGUGUCACCAAGCAGUCCUCCUCUCUCUCAGGAAAGACAGAGAUAGUGGCAGCCCUGUGUCACUAUUAUGGCACUGCUCACUUGUCCAUUGACACCAUGGUGAAAGAGGCCAUUGCCAAUGAUCAGAGCCAAGCAGGGCGCCGCGCCCAGGAGCUUUGCACCAAGGCUGCCAUGGAGCUGAGAGGCGAAAACCAAGAUGAUGCUGGUAAAAAGCCUCUGCUUACUGCUCAGACCAAGAAUAAACAAGCCUCUGGGGGAAAAAACAACAUGAAGAAGAAGAGUUCCAAAGGCAAGAACCCUCCAGCAAUAAAGAAGAGGAAGCCAGCCAGCAAACCCAACAAAAAGGACACCAAGCAGCUGAACAUCAUCAGCAGUCAUGGGGAAGAGCUGAACUGCUUGAGCUGUGUGCUGCCCGAGGACCUGUUGGUGGACAUCCUCUGUGAGAGGCUGAAGCAUGAAGACUGCUCCAAGGGAGUGGUCUUUGAUGGCUUGCAGAGCCUCUUCACAAGCAGCCUGGAAUCUUCUCUGCUCUGUGUAUUCAAAGCUGUCAACAAUCGUCAUCAUAUCUACAUGGUGAACCUGCAUCAGGAUUAUGCUUCCUGGAAAGCCAAGGAGGAAGCUGAAAGAGAGAAGGAAGAAUGGCAGAGGAAAAAACCUAUUCAGAGGAGCACAGAAUAUGUCUUGCAAAUGGAUGAGGAUGAGGAUGAUGCCCUUCCUGAGAAGAAAGCUCUAGUGGACAAAAUAAUACCAGAAAGGAAGUGUAUACAGAGAGAGAGGGAGCUGAAGCGGCUGGCUCAAAAGCUUGAGGAGGAAGCAAAAGCCUUAGAGGAGGAAGAGAAGAUUCAGGGUUCUGUACAGUUACCUGUGAUCCAGAAUGGAAACACAUCCCAGCCUUCAGCUGAAAACAAGCUUCACAAGACCAUAAAGCCUCAGGAGAAGGUGGAGAAGAAGCCUGAACAAAAAUGUGGAGGCCAAAGGAGUCUUCAGUCAUCUCAUCUGGAGACACGAAGCGAAGUUGCAGAAGGGACUGUCAGAGAUGAGCAUGUCGGGGUGUGGUGCUUGGACAUCCAGGUCACAGAUCCAAAGGCCAUGAUUAGGGAGAUCCUGAGGGAUGGGAGGCUGCCAACAAAAGAUAAGAUGCUGAGACAUCUGGGACUGCAUCCCGAAGGGCCUCCCCUGCCCCCUGCUGCUGUCUUCUCCGUAGUCAACUACCCAGAGGAGUGGUUGGGUUCUGCAGAGUGUGUGAAGCCCUUCACCAUUGUUGCACCGGAAGGUGCUGCUAUGGAAGACAAUCGGGCCAAGGCCCCAGAUGCCAAGGGCAGUUCUGCCGAGGGCCAACCAAAGACACAUAAAGCAGCCAGCAGAGACAACUCUCCAAAGGAGAACCAGAUCUCCACACACAGAACAGAAAGUCCCCAGGAUUCCUCUGCAACCAGAUCCAAAAGUGUGCUGAAAAGAGCCUCAACCCCCACAGAAUUCCACAGGCUGAAACGGUACCGAUGGAUAGUGCCUGGCCACGGUGAGGUGGAACUGAAGGUCCACUUCUCCACCAAAAGGCCAGGGAAGUUUGAGCACACGCUGAGGUUUGAGCUCGUGGAGACAAAGCGCCAGUACGAGCUGCCCUGCAGUGGCACGGGCGUGUACCCCAGCAUCAGCCAGAACCCGCGGCUGGUGUUUCCACAGUGGAGGGAGACCAUGGAGGCAGAUGAAAUCAUCUUCAAGGAAUAUGUUGAGAGCACAAAGCAAUUCCACUUUGGACCUCUGCUGUGUGGGAAAUCAAGAGAGUGGUACAAGGCCCGGAACUGUCCCGGCAACUCAGAGAAUUUAACCAUCCUCAACAACUCCCCUGUGGAUGCAGAGGUCCAGUUCUCCUUUGAGAAUGAUGGGAAAGCAGAGACAUUUCUUUUGGACCCUCCCAGCAUGACACUCAAACCAAAGGAGAAGCAGGAGCUGACCAUUUGGGCAUACCCCACUUCCCCUGGCUUCCUGGAAGACAAACUCAUCUGCUGCAUUGAGAAGAACCCAGACCCAGUGGUUUUCAGCCUGUGCUGCCAUGGGGUGCACGUGAUGCUGGAGGUCAGCCCCCUGGAGCUGUCUUUUGACAAGCUGCUUCUGCACAGGACUGACAGCAGGACCUUGGUCCUGAAAAACAACACCCUACUGCCCAUGGCCUGGAAGCUCACUGGGCUGGAUGACCUUGUUGAGGCCUUCUCCUUGUCACAAGAUAACGGCAUCAUUGAUCCCCGCUCAGAGUUUGAUGUGACCCUGAAUUUCAAGGCCGAGCAGAUUGGCAGCAUUGAGAAGACCCUGCGACUAGAGGUUUCAGAUACAGGAAACGUCCUGGGGAUUGUUCAGGCUGAAGACAUUGAGAUCUCUGCAGAAGUCUGUGAUGUUUCUCUGAGCAUCGACAUGCCUGAAGGUCCAGAUGGAAGCUUGGAAUUUGGAACCAUUAAUGUCCUGGAAAAUGUGAAGAAAGUCCUGAGUCUAAAGAACAAAGGGAUGUACAACAUUGAGUACUGUUUUGUGCUGAAGAAUGCAGGUCCCAGGAUGCAAGAUUUGGCAUCCCACUUCACUAUUGAGCCUCAGUCGGGCAUGCUGAUUGCCUCCCAGCCUGGUGUGAAUGUUGAGAUGGUCUUCCACCCCACAAGGGAAAUGCUCCUCAAGAACAAACCCAUCCUGUACUGCCAGGUGACAGAUGCCAGCUCAGGGGAAGGAAGCCAGACUGUUGCCACCAUCCCAGUGAGGGUGUCGGCAAAAGCUGUGUACAGCAAGUACAGUAUUGAGCCUGCCUCACCCAUCAACUUUGGGGCCAUGCUCAAGGGCACCAAGAAGACCCAGACUGUUGUGCUGGAGAACAGAGGCAUGCUCAACUUCAAAUUCCACAUCCUCCAAGCACCCGAGGAUGCAUCUGCAUUGGCAAGCAAAAGCUCAAAGCAAGAGGAAUCCUCUCCAUCAGGAACAAAGCUGAAAUCAAGCUCCUUGACACAGGGUUACCUCAGUCUUGGCAUGUUCACGGUGUCCCCCUGCUCCGGCUCUGUCGCUCCAUGGGGCCAGCAGAAGAUCACAGUGGAAUGCCUCGCAGGGCAGGAGGGGACAUGUGAGGGGCAGCUCUACAUUGACAUCACAGGCAGAGACCCCAAGGACAAUCCCCUGGGCAUUCCCUUUACCCUGAUUGCCGAGUCCUGCCUCCCAGCACUUGUUGAGGAUGUCACGUUAACCUUCGAGGAGUACCCGAUCUGCAGCAGCACCAACCUCAGCUGCAAGCUGCGGUCAGUCAAAGGCACGGGUCUGUUUGUCAGAGAAGAGAACAAAUUUGUCUUCACCAAGGUUCUGGUUGGGCAAGAGGCUGAAGCUCAUUUCAGUGUCUACAAUACAAGUGGUCUGCCAUGUGACGUGGUCCUCUCCAACAAACCCCUGCCUGGAAAGGAAAAAAGCCCUAUCAAUAACAUUUUCAAGUUGUAUCCUGACACGAUGUCCAUUCCUGGCUCAUCCAAUGCCAUUGCUACGGUGACCUUCACCCCACUGGAGGAGCAGAACUACAGCUGUAUUUUCAAGGCUUCCCUUGUCAUCCCAAAAAGCUCUGUGCAAAUUAAGCCCCAAACCCUGACCUUCACCAUCAGUGGGAAGGGGCAUGAGCCACAGGUGACAGUCGUGUGCCCAAGUGCUCGCAGCAAGAGGGGAAAUGCUGUGCUGCGCUUCAAGAGACUCCGGGUGGGGGAUACAGAGAUGCUCCCCCUGGUCAUCCAUAACAAUGGCAUCGUACCUGUCAAGUUUAUGUUACACCUGGAGGAUGAGCACGGAGCAUUCUUCUUGAAAGGCAGGGGCUCCACACUCGAGAGAUUCUACACUGAAGAUGUGGAAGAGGACUGCGUUGGAAAUGAGAGCAAGCCCCCAGAGAAGCCUUUCUUCCUUCUGCAUCAUGGGCAAUCGACAAAUAUUGAUGUCAUUUUCAAACCCACCUUGACUCAACAUCUGGAAGGGAAGAUUUGUGUGUUACUGGAAGACAUCUACUCUAAGAAGACCCUAAUAGAGCUGGUGGGUGAAGGCCACAAGGAUGAAUUCACCCUUGAUGGACUAGAGGAAGACACAGAUGAGAGGAGAGCUAAGCGCAGUCUGAAGAAAGACAUUAUUGAUGCUGUCAGAUUGAAUCACAUCCAGUUUGGGGACUGUCCUGUCGGGAGGCCCUACCGCAGGACCUUCACCAUCACCAACCAUACCAGUACGAAGGUCAUGCGCUUUGAGUGGGAGGCAGACGCCGCAUUCCAGUUCUCCCCCAAGAUGGGACACCUCCACCCUGGAUGUGCCAAGGACAUCACAGUCACCUUGAAAUCAGAUGUCCCAGCCACCUUCAGGAGGCACCCUGUGAAAUGUAAGGUGAUCAAGACCAACUCUGAGCUACCACAAAGGAAGGUUGAGGACUGGGAGGACCGAAUGUGCAUUGUCACAAGGGAGGAUACCACCAGGAAAGACAUGGCAGCCAACCGGCCUGUGAAAAAGAAGAUGGUCCAGACAGCCCCAGAACCAGAACCGGCACCGGCUUACACUGUGGAUGAGAGCAUCCAGGAGGCCAAGGUGUACCUCAGUGCUGUUGUUGGCUACACUGAGUUCAAACAGAACCUGAUAAUGGUUCAGCUCAAGGACACCUUGCCCAACCAGACAAGGAAAGACAUUUUCAGGAUACACAACACAGGAAAUAUAACCCUGGAAUACAGCUGGAUGGAAGCUGCAGAUAGUAAAGCAGUGAAGAAGCCAUACUCAACCACUCGGACGGGAGCUGAGCCAGCCACUGGGAAGAGCCACACGCUGGGUCAGGACCUGGAAGGGGGUCAUCUCUUUGACAAGUCUGAGACUGGGAAAAACAAUGGUGUAAUGAAUGACAAAAAAGACCUGCCACUGUUCUCCAUCCACCCCUGCCACGGCAUCAUCCCUCCUGGCCAAAAGCAGAUCUUUCACGUGCUGUUCUCCCCAAAGCAUGUGGGGAAGUUUAGGACCAGCAUACUCUUCAGGACUCAUAAGCUGAAGCCGGCUCUGAAGAAGGUAGAGGUGAUUGUGAAAGGCAGAGCCCAGGAGCAGGAGUGUCUUGAUAAACCAAAACGCUCUGCGUUACGGCAGACAGACAAAGGCCAAGGACCCAAGAAGCAGCAUCCAGCAGGAGCCAGCAACAUCGUGUCUUCUGCUGCUGAUGGUCUCCCACCCUUCACCAGAGACCUCUGCAGCUACCCUUGCAAGCUCCAGUGA